AUGCUUUCAGAUUUUAGAUUAAAUGUAAAAAAAGAUUGUAAAGUCAUACUUAGCGAGGGAGUGAAAGAUAGCUCUUCCAAAUAUUGCAAACCUGAUGUUUGCGUUGAAGAAGAAGCAAUAUGUAUGAAGUACAAACUUGUCAAUGUGUUGAAUUGCGCUCAGGACUUAAGAAAAGUGUCCAUUCUUCCGAUUAAGAAUUUGGAUCAUGGGACGGGUCUUUUGGCCGACUCCAAUUAUGUUUAUGCUUUUUUCAUUGAAAAAGAAUACAAAUAUUUACAUUGGCCAUAUUGUGGUUGUUUUGAUCUGGAGAAGCUGAGUGAUAGAUGUCUUUUAUUCGAUCUGUUGAUGAGUUGGUUCAUAAAACACUUAACACACCAAGAAAUUUCAAAGAAAUGGGACGAAUUAUAUGCAAUGGCACAAAAAUGGAAUCAGGAUGGAAAUAAGAACCCUCAAAACAAUUCUUCUGGUCGCUCACUCGACAGAACAACAAAUCCAUUAAUUAGUCCAACAACAAAUUCAACCAUUAAUACGAGCACUCCAAAAAUCCAACAACAAAAACGAGAGAUGCUGAAGAAACUUGUGAAAGAUCGUUUCUGA